ACCGUUAUGCAGCAAGAAAACUUAGGAGCUCCACCAGGGAAAGAUAAAACCGCCAAUUUUAGUAUACCUGUUGUGGGGCUAACCCAGUUUGCUAUUAUCACCAUAAACAUCAUUUUGGGAAUCCUGUUUGUUCGGGCAAACACAGACUUUUGUGGAAGCGUUUUUGAAACUCGAAUCGACCAUGCCCUGGUAGGUAAUGUGAUGCACACGACUGUCGUUGUGUAUGAGUUUGAAUGUCAGAUAAAGUGUAUGGGAAAUAACAGCUGUAAGUCGAUCAAUGUUCACCUCGGUAACAGUGAUGGAAAACGUAUCUGUGGGUUGAAUAAUAAAACACGGCAAAUGAAGCCAGGUGAUUUUAAAAAGAGGAAAAGAUCUACUUACUAUUGCUCUGUUCAGCUACCAGAGGCUUACAACGCAAUAAGCCUCUUCAUUUCUGCAAAGACAUCCGGGACUCAGGAAAUUCCAGAGGAGACGGAGAGUACUGGAUCGAACCUGAGAAGAACGAAAAGCCUUUAAAGGUCUACUGUGACAUGGCAACUGAUGGAGGUGGUUGGCUUCUUGUUUCCAACGUUGUGGUGGACGAUCCGUCCUCUCGACACUAUUCCAUUGAGUCAUCAUACCGUGAAACGUAGCAACUGUCACGACAACAGGAUAAUGUUUGUCACAGAAGAUGCCAUAAAAGAACUGAGAGCACACGUGUCCUUCACUCAACUAAGAUUCCACUGUAGUAAACAACGCGGACGUACAAUCCACGUCGCCACGGCCACACAGCUCUUGGGAAGCUGUAGUCCAGUACUUCAGCGGUCAAACAGAUGUCCAACCCUUGGCGUGUGGUUCGUUUGAUAGAAUGAAAGAUGAUAACUCCAGAUUAGCUAAAAUGUGUGACCAAUGAAAACGAGAGAAAGGGGGAUCAUCAUGAUCAAAAGUGGCACUGGAACGAUUAAACGAUCAUUCUCUUCAUGUAGGAGGUAAAUAUCACUGGUCCUUGACAUCUGGAAGUUAAAGAUGGGAGUGUGUUGACUUCAAGAAACCUGGUGCAGAAUAUUUUCAAUUUUCUUCUGGCGAUUUCUGGAAAGUCUCUGUUCGCUAAGAGCGACAAUUAAUUAUAUCUGUUUUCACAGUCCUGAAAAACUUCAAGCUACUGUUAAGAAACUAUGCAACGUUAAAUAUUCUCUAGAAUUUACUUGCAGUAGACUUAAAGUCAUAGAUCUGUAAUACCAACGGCGAGUCGUAAAUUAGGCAGUUUUUAUCAGAAGAAAACAUAUACAGGUCAGUUCAUCAGCUUGCCGGUGUUGGUGGGUGUAGGCCUGCGAGGGACAGUCACCAUUACCCACAACAGUCCUUCCCAGGACUACACUCAACCGGACAAUCAGUUAUACGAUAAAUGUUAACCACGGGAUUUAACCACUUAAUGUAAAGAAUUAUUGUUGUAAUCAUUACAAAUUCUG